CCUUAAAGUGUGUCCAGGCUGAGCAUCCAGGAUGACAGGGAAUACUCUGAUCCUUUUGUUUCUAGUGUUUCCUCUUUACCACGCAGAGGAACAUGUUGUUAAUGAGCUGUACACCCUGAUUGAAAAGGGCCAGAGCAGCUUUGUGGAUCCAGUCCUGAGCAACCAGAGUCGACUGAUGGUUAAAGAGCCCACGCUGCCCAUCAACGAGCUCAUAGAGAAGAGCAGCAAGACCAGCGAGUCCAAAUUUAACCAUCCUCUCCCAGCUGCCGUGUGGCCGAAGCACAGCGACCUGGCUCCCAUCCCUCGCCACCACAGCCCCCACAACAAGAGCAAAAAGGGGCCCAAGAGCGACCGUCUGGUGGAGCACAACAGCGAGAAGAACAGGGGGGAAGUCAUCGGCCUGCUUCCCAAAACCCAGCUGACAGGAGCUGCAGGUGCUGCCUCCAACCGCACGGUGCAGAAGACCAACCAGGACGUCCAGCCCAACAUCAGCCCGCCUCAGCAGAGCGAGCCGGAGGGACACCCCAACUCCAGAGCCAGGCCUCCGUCCCACACUCAGCCCCCGGCUCAGCCUCCGCAGACUUCUUCUCCACGCAGGGAUCCCCCCAACCGGAGGAUGGACCCGGAGGAGAACCGGCCGGGGAAGUCCAGCCUCUAUCAGUCUGGUCUCGGUGCCGCGACCCGCAACAACAGCCGCCCGCCGGUGGUCUUCAACCGGCGCUCCUCCAGCCUGCUGUACCAGUUUGACAUCCUGAGGCGAGAGUCCGACUUCGCGCAUGACGCCUUCUGCAUGAGCGAGUGCAGGAAGGAGAAGGAGGAGAGAGAGUAUUACUGCUACAGCGAGUUUGCGGUCAAUGGGAUUGUCCACGACAUUGAUGUGCUGCGCAAAGGAAUACGACUCAUCACGCUGAUGGUCAGCAGUGACGGCUUCUACAAGAUGAGCCGUCUGUAUGUGACCCCAGACAGCUUUUUCUUCAAAGUUCGCCUCCUGGUGCUGGAUACCUACAAGUGCAGCAAACCUUGUCCUGAUAUCAAACUUGGAACCAGAUACAUUAUAAUGGGUCAGAUCUACCACCGGAGGCGUCAUCUUCCCAGUGACCUCCUGAACCUGCUGGGUGGGAAACUGAAGCCUGGUGACGGCCUCCUGCGGAGCAACAACUACGUCAAGAGGUUCAACAAACGGAGGCACCAGAAAGCUCUGGAAGCCACCCGCUCCAGGUGUAGGUGAACCACAGAUAAGACUGUCACCCCUCGCUGCAGGGGAAGAGACAUUGCGCCUGAACGGAUCUUAACUAACCCCUCAGUAUUGUGCAAGACAGAAGACGUGUCGCAGGAGGAAGGCGUGGAUUUACUUUCACAUGGACUGCUAUGAUGUAUCAUGAUACUGGCUCAUUUUAUUUAACUUAUCUGUUCAGUUCCCAACGUGCUGACGUGUGGUUUCUUUGACCGAAAACACAAGUAGCUUCAAUUAAAACGAUGAUCUGUAACAUCUGGGGCAUCAAACACUAUGUCCCACUAUCCCUCUGUUACCUUCUCAAAAUAGCAACUCCAUUCAAACUCCUCAUUCACUCAUGGCUGGUUCAUGAAGUCCCUAAAAAAGUAAGGUAUCAAACUUGUUCACUUUUAAAGGGAAAUCUGACUCAUCUGGAGUCCCACUCACAUUAUUUUACAAAACGGAAAUAUUUAAUCGUAUUACUUUUUGUGCGUUUGUGCAUUUCAAACAGGAAACCAACGAAGAUCCUGUUUUUCUAAUUGGCGUCAAAGCAUGCUCCUGAAUUUUAUACAUCCAAACGUUUUCAGUAGUGAUUGUUUUUUUUUUUCCUGGAAUAAUCACAGUUUCUACAUUGAUGUCAUGAAAACUUCUGUUACUUUGAUUUGUCAGCGAUGCUUCCAAAAUUAUAUGAAUACAAAAUAUUGUAUUGCACUGUAUAGUAUUAGUGGUCACGUGCACAAUGUCACUGUGGGUGAUGUUGGUGAGCAGGAAAUGCACUAUUAAGUGAGGGAAUUAAGGGCCUGAAAAAGCAGCAACAAACCCCCAGUGGAGGAGGCAGAGGAGGAAGGAGGGGAGGGAAAGGGACAGAAAGAAGUUUUCUUGUCAUGAGAGCGGCUUAUUUUUCUAGCUUCAAUUAUGUGUCCACGAUGAAAUGUUUGCCCGGGACAUCAAAAGGGGGCCUUGCUGAAUGAGGAGGAGGUGUGGUUUUGUUGGGACUAAGCCAUAAAUCUAAUCGCAGGAAUCUGAUCCGCUACACACCUGGACACAUGACUCAAAGAAGUGCCUCCGUCACUGCUCCUUUUAGGGAUUGCUCGUGGUUUCACGAACACAACCUCCUUUGCUCAAAAAGGGGGUAUUUAAAGUAUGUAGGCAGGAUCAGAAGAAAAGGGGGGUGUGGAGGCAAGGUGGAGGAGGAAUUGAAGCAGUAAAAGGGUGUGUUGGAUCUGCCUUUCCAAAGGGAUAGCUUCUUAUUUAAUCAAAAAUCCCUGGCUUGAUUGUAGUACGACCCUGAGCUCAUGCUUCUUAUGAAAGGGAAAAGAUUUGCACUGAAUGCUUACACUGCUUUACUAAACAUGAACUUAAUAAAAAUGUGUAUUUGUUUUGUACUCAA